GCGUGGCCACGGCCAGCGCAGUGACACUUGACGGCAGGAGGGUAGGGCAAUCCUUUACGUGGUCCCGCGUUGGUUGGGUCGGAGGAGGGAGGGCGUAGGGAGGUCUAGUGCUCCUCCUUGGCCCGGGUGAACUGAACCGUACUGCUUAGGAGUGCGAGAGGCUGAAGGGGCGGGGUGGGGGUGAAGAACAGCAUGGCGGCGGAGCACGAGCCACCCAACGCUCAGCUGCCCCGCCGUAGCCGCCACCGGAGUCGCCGGGAAUUAGUGGCCUUCGUGUGUCAGUAGCCAGCCUGCAUCCCUCCUAUCCCCGGCCCUCUUAUCUGCCACAGCUGCCGCUUGCAGUCCCACAACUUGCCUGAGGGCUACGGGCCGGACCUCUAGCUGGCCCUCUAGACCACACCAACCAGCUGGCUGGGGCAAUGGAGGACGUAAAGUUGGAGUUUCCCACUCUACCACAGUCCAAAGAAGAUGCUGAGGAUUGGACCUAUCCCAUGAGGCGAGAGAUGCAGGAAAUCUUACCUGGAUUAUUUUUGGGCCCAUAUUCUUCAGCUAUGAAAAGCAAGCUACCUAUACUACAGAAACAUGGAAUAACCCAUGUAAUAUGCAUAAGACAAAACAUUGAAGCAAACUUUAUUAAACCAAACUUUCAACAAUUAUUUAGGUAUUUAGUACUGGAUAUUGCAGACAAUCCAGUUGAAAAUAUAAUACGUUUUUUCCCCAUGACUAAAGAAUUUAUUGAUGGAAGUUUACAAACAGGAGGAAAAGUUCUUGUCCACGGAAAUGCGGGAAUUUCCAGAAGUGCUGCCUUAGUUAUUGCAUACAUUAUGGAAACAUUUGGAGUGAAAUACAGGGAAGCAUUUACAUAUGUUCAAGAAAGGCGGUUCUGCAUUAAUCCUAAUGCUGGGUUUGUCCAUCAGCUUCAGGAAUAUGAAGCCAUUUAUCUAGCAAAAUUAACAAUACAGAUGAUGUCACCACUGCAACUGGAAAGAUCAUUAUCUGUUCAGUCUGGUACUACAGGCAGCUUAAAACGUACACAUGAAGAAGAGGAGGAAUUUGGAAAUAUGCAAGUUGCAGCUGCACAGAAUGGAUGAUGGUACCUCAGACCAAUAUUAUAGUGUUUAAAUUCCUGUAUGUGAAGGGGGAAAUACAUCAAUAAUGUAAAAUGGCAAAAAACACAAGUAGCUUCUUUUCAAUUACAUGUUGCUUCCAAAUGUCUUUCUCUACAACUUGCUAAGCAACAUUUUAAGAAGAUGAUGGACUUCUUGAAUAGAUGGCACUGAUUGUUUUAUUCUUUUUUUUUUUUACACUUUACAGUUUUAUUAUAAAACAAGAUUUUUGAACUUGCAAAGAAGUAUUAUUGCAAUAAUGCACUUUUCAUACUUGAAAAUUUCUUUAUUUGUAUGAUAUAAAGUUAUUACUUUAAAACAAAAUGCAAGUUGGGGAGGCUCGUUUAUAAGAUUAUUUGUAAUUUAUAACAAUUUACUAAAAAGUUUGUUAAAAUUCA